UGUUCAUAAAAGAUGGUUCGAAGAAAAAUAAUUCAACCGGAUAUGCAUUCAACAUAUCAUUUGGAGCCUGGACAAACGUUAGAAAAUACUAAAAUAUCCGAGAGGAAACUGGCAUUGAUAGCCUCUGAAAGCGCUUUUCAACGCUUCGUUGAUUACGUUAAUCAGCCGCAAAGAUUGGCUGAAGAAAGGGAAGUAGCAGCAGCGAAAUUGAAUGCUAUUAAGAAGGCAACUUAUGAAAUGUCCAAGACAUGGGACAAUACUAUAGAGAAUAUCAAAAAGAGAAGAAAGGAAGAACUGUUGUCGAAAAGUCGAAAAGCUGAAGCAGAAAGAAUACAAUUUGUUAAAGACAUGUCAAUAAAGAAUGAAGCUAAACGUGCAGAAGUAGUACGACAAGCACGAAUGUUACUUCUAUACAAACAACCACAGUGCAGACGGAUCAAUGGAGCAUUGCUCGCAUCGGAGUGUCUCAGAGAAUUAAACGCUCAAGUUGACUUUCGAAAGACUAUUAAGGAAUUAGAUGAUCAACGAGAAGCUGAAUACAUAGAGCACAUUAAAAAUGAUGUUGAAAAAUAUAAGCAAGAGGAGAAGGAAAAAGCGGAAGAACGUACGAUGCAAAUGGAAAUUUAUACUAAAAAAUUAAAAACCCAAAUCGAAGAAAAUGCUAAGAUCAAAGAGACAGAAGAAAAUGAAGAAUUAAAGCAAGGAAUACAAGAUCAACGAAACAUGAAUAGAGAUCUGCAACUUAUAAAAGAAUGUCAAGCUGAAGAAGAAUUGAAAAGAAAGAAAGAAAUGCAAAAAGUUUUACAAAAUGCGAUCGAUGAGAAGAGACGUGCCGAGCUUGAAAAUAAACGUGAGGAAAAGUUACAAGAUCUAGCGGUUGACGUAUACAAUAGAUCAAGAUCUCGAAUAAAAAAGAUGAUGAAAGAAAUAGCUAAAAAUCAAAAGCAAUCUCGAGAAGACAGAGCAAAUCUUAUAGGUGAAAAAUUCGCGUCUCUCAUCAGUCGUCGUAACGCCGAGAAAGAAAAAGAGAAUUUCGAAAAAGCAGUCAAUGAAAUAGAAGCAAUCGAAUUGGAAAGACGAAAAAAACAGAAGGAUCACAAGGCUGCGAUAAGAGCUAUUAUAAUCGAAGACAAAUGUCAAGCUGAAGCUGCGAAAAUAAAAGAAAAGAAGGAAGAGAAAGAGAUUCAAACGUGGGAAACAUUGCAGAGAUUUAAAAGAAACGAAUAUAAUAAGCAAGUAGAAUUAGAAGAUCUAAUAGAGAAAAGGAAUAAAAAAAUUAAUUAUGCUAAAGAUUUACAAAAACAUAUGGAAUUACGAAGAGAGGAACGUAAACACGAGAAACAACUCGACGAUGAUUUCAAUGAAAUGAAAGCGGCUAUAGAACAAAUUAACAAAAGAGUAUUGUCUUACAAUCAACAAGUUUUAGAUGAAUCUAAAGGAGUGAGACCGCUUUAUCCCAUUUUGAAAGCGAUCAAGGAAUGUAAUGAGGAAAUGGGUUUGAUAAAACCAAGAAAAAUAAAUAAACCCACUUCACCGAAAAAAGUGAAACAACGAAGAAUUGGAGUUCGUCGCGGUUGUACAAAAAUUGUUCCAGAAACUCAAAUUCAUUAUAUACAUGACUUAUAAAUAUUGAGCAUUGCAUUAAAUUGAAAUCGUUUCUUAACGGUAUAACACGAAGUAAAAUAAAUUAAUUUAUUCGUGUGGUAUAUACAUAAAUACACAUUUUUUAUAAUUAUAAGUUCAAGUGAAAAUACGAAGAUAUAACGCUUGUAAUUGAUCAACACACAGCAUAGUAAUUAUUGUCGUAGGAGCAGCCUUCGUAUAGUAAGCUAAAAAUCCUCGCCACAACGAAAAAAUACCAUUUUGUUUACUAGUAUUUAACAAUACUUUAAUCAUGCCUGGGGGGUUCGAUGGUCCCAUCCAAUUUUGUAUUCUAUUAAAAAUAAUUAUAAGAAUAUGAUAUUAUAAGAUAA